AUGCGUUCCUGUCUGACGGAAAUCCUGCUCAAAGUGACCGAUGGUAGUAUCGUUACCGUUGCUCAAGAAACUCAUCGGAAAGCUCUUAUGAAAGGUGACGACGAUGAUACUGAAAGUGAGGCGGAACAGAGCGGAGAUGCCGAUCAUACGGUCAUAGCUGGUGAGUCAUCAACCACCUCUGAAACCGAACUAUUCAAGCGGCCGCUAGCUCCAUCACCAUCGGUUAUUAAGAAACAAUCUGCCGACGCAGCUGCAACAUCAGGUACAUCUCCAUUUACUCCUCAUAUUUUGUUUUCUUUAGCCAUUAGUUGUUUUUUACUUAUCUGUUUGUAGUC